AUGUUGUAUCAAAGCCUCGUCCCGCUGCUCCUCGCCUCUUCGGUCUCUGCGCUCCAAGUCCCCAGCAAUGUCCGUACAUUCUACAACCAGCUCAAAGCCAAGGGCACCUGCACCAACAAACUAGCCACCGGCUUCUUCGAUUCCAAGUUCGACGAUGGCAAAACGUCAUAUUGCGGUGAUCACCUCGAAGACUAUGGUAUCGUCUACCUCCAAGGCGAGGGAGGCACCUUUUCAAACAUGGACGUCGACUGCGACGGCGCUCAGGGGGGACCUCAAGAUGAUGGCCGUUGCGGCGAGUCGACAACCACCAUCCCGACGACGUCUAUCAAGUACAUCAUCGAAGGAUACAACGUCGGCAUCAGCGACUUGAACCCUCACGAACACUCGUUCGUCGUCUUUGGAAACUCAGGCACCAAGCCUGGCUGGAAGACGUUUGACCCCCGUGAGGUCGGCGUGCAAAAGGCUAGUCUCAUGGCAGUUGUCUGUGGAGACAAGAUGUUCUACGGCAUCUGGGGUGACUCCAACGGCGACCACGGCGAUCGUCCCAGCGUCGGCGAGGCAUCCCUCUCUCUCGCAACGGCCUGCUAUGGCAAGGAGAUGCAAGCAGGCACAGGCUCCAACACGAGCCACGACGAGGAGGACGUCCUAUACAUUGCCUUCACCGGCGCAGAUGCUGUUCCAGGCGCCAAGGGAGCUGCCUGGGCUGCAGGCAACUUUGAUGACUUUCACGCCAGCCUGGUUGGACUAGGCAACAAGCUCAUCAAGCGCAUCGGUGGUGGUGGAGAUGACUGUUCGUGGCCUGGACACUGUGAAGGCGCUUCUUGCAAGGUCGCUCAGGACUGUGCCGAUGCACUCACUUGUGUAAACGGUAAGUGUGCCUAA